AUGCGUGAGACCCUAAUAUGUGCCCCACGAACACCUUCACACCCCUUUCCCCACCUCUCGCCACACCCUUCCCCAUCUCCCAACCCCACACCCCUUCCCUCCUCAUCGUCACCCUCUCUACCCCCCUCCCUCGCCUUCUUUCGUCGCCUCCUCCGCCACUCCACCCCACCGCCUCCCUCCUCUUCCCGAAGCUCCCCCUUUCCCGCCCUCCUCGCCGUCAUCCCCUUCGCCGUCGCUGCCCUCACCCUUGCACGCACCCUCCUCUCUGCCUGCAUGGCGCCUCGCUCCGUCCUCGUCCUCGACUCCCUCCAACCUCCCAACUUCCGCGGGAGCCUCUCGUCCGACGAUACACUGACGUUUAAGCUCGAGAGCUCAGCCAAAAGGAAGAGGGUCGAGGCUGAGAAGAUGCUCCUCAGGGUUCCGUAUUACCCUUCCGGCAGCGUCGUCGAUGGGUUCGGUGCCGCGAUUCUCGCACUGCCAGGCGCUCAACGUGAGGUUAUGUUAUUCCUUUUCCAGAUACGUGUUUCUAGCUAAAUAUUGCAAGAAAGGUACCCUCUCCACCAAUUGGAUCAAGGACUCAACAUUUGUUAUCUUCGACAUUGAAGACUGAGGUCAAGAGCAAAGAGGAAGGAUAAUAGUGAAGUGUUCUCCACCAAUUGGAACAUUUUUUACGCCCACCGUGAGAUCGAAUCUCAACGACUUUCGGCCCUUCGAGCAAAGAUUGUGGCAACUGUCGUAACCCAAAAAAUUCCAGUCUUACAAUUAAUGGUUUGACUACCUUUUUGAAAAGUUUCAUCAAUUAAUAAAUGCUCAGAAACCAAACUAAUCCUUAAUUAAUAAUUUAAAAAAUAGUUUAUGGAGUCGUCACCAAU